UCACUGUACGUGGAGCCGCUCCGCCGCGUCUCUGCCGCCGCUCCGCCGCGUCUCCGCCGCCGCUCUGCCGCUCCGGUUGGGAAGUGAGAGAGGUGCGGCAGAGAGCUGCAAGAUCCGCGUCCAACACCGAACCGGGACCAGUGGAACCGUUCCGGCUUGAAUCCUCCUCAGAAGCUCUUCUCUCGUCUCCUGGCUUCAGCCAAUCAGAAUGGAGGACUCGGAGGCGGAGCUGGCGGUGUCAGAGUCGGACACCCUGGGUGCCGACUUCAUCACGGUGGAGCUGGACACGCAGCCCAUCGAGUACGUGGUAAAGUGGGCGGAGGUGGGCUCAAAAUUCACUAUCUCCUGUGUGAAGAAGGACUCGGACGACCCGUCGGACCUGACCGGACCCGAGCAGCUGAAGAUUGAGACGGACGAGGCCUUCUUUGCGCCCUACGAGGAGGUGUAUCCCUGCGAGGUGAUGGAGCAGAGCGUGGAGAUUAAAACAGACUCGGACGAGGAUGAGGACGACGGCGAGGAAGACCAGGAGGUGCUGGUGGAGGCCGGGAGCAGCCACCUGGACGGGGAGGCUGACUCGGACCAGGCCGACUUUGAGCUGGAUGAGCGUCAGUAUCGCUGCAGCUACUGUGGGAAGUGCUACAGCCACGCCUCCAGCCUGUACCGGCACCAGCAGACCCACACUGGGAAGACGUCCUCCGCCUCCUCCACCACCACAACCACCCCGCCAUCCAAGAGGACGCUGGAGCCCUCCCACCAGGACGCCCGCUACACCUGCCCCCACUGUGGCAUGAGCUUCAAAGGCAGCAGGAUGCUGGGGAGUCACCUUCGGCUGCACGGGAAGCGUCGUAUCCACCCCUGCAACAUCUGUGGCAAGGAGUUCAACCACAGCUCCAGCCUGUCCCGCCACCGCCUCAUCCACAAGAAGGGCAAAGGGAUCCCCAAGGAGGUGGCCCUCAGCCCCAACAUGACCGCCCUGCGCCACGCCCUCAAGACCGGUGGCAAGAACAGAAAGACCAAGAGGCAGCAGGGGGCGGCGGCCAUGGCUCCGAGUCCGGCCAGUGAUAAGUUCUACGCCUGUCCUCAGUGUGACAUGAGCUUCAGGACGUCCACCCAGUUGUCCAAGCACCAGGUGUCCCACGUCAAGGAGCUGCUGGACAACUACACCCCCGGCAAGGAAAACCUGAGCGAGACCUCGUCCGACCUCAAGAUCCGACUCAAGCUCUGCUCCCGAGAUAAACCCAACUUCUACACCCUCUGCAAGAAGAACCGCCGCCGCCGGGGGGGACGCGCAGCCAAACGGGGCAUCUCUGAGGAGGAAGGGGGCGGGGCAGGAGGAGGAGCCGGUCGCCAUGGCUGCAGCCAAUGCGGGAAGAGGUUCAGCCACGCCUCCAGCCUGGCGCGACACCAGCAGACCCACAGGGCGGAGGGCGGGCAUCACCAGAAACCACUUCACUCCAAGACUGGACUCCCCACCGCCAGAACCAAGACCUACACCUGCGCUGCCUGCAACAAGACCUUCAUGCACUCAUCUAGCUUCUCUCGCCACAAGAAGGCGCACCUGGAGGAGGAGCAACGGGUGCACGCCGCCGCCGGCAAGCGCCGUAAGAGACCCGUCCUGGACGAGACAGCCCCCCUGGAGUCAGACUCCGAGUGACAGGCUGGAGUUGGACCUGUCCUGGACUGGUUCCUGACCUGUUCUGGACUGGUCCUGAACUGGUUCUGGUUCUGGUUCUGGUUCUGGACUGGUUCUGGUUCAUCCUUAUAUGGUCAGGGGAGCUCCACCCACAGUCACGUCCAUAUUUGGUCCCAGCUGACUGUUAGCUGCUCUAUGAUUGGACGGAUUCAAAGUGUUUCCAGCUGCCCAGCCCCCUUGCCUGUUUGUUUCUUCAUAUUUCCCAUCAUCCCCAGGACUUGUCCAUCAGAGCAGAGCAUCAUGGGAAACUGUGUGAUCUCUCAACAGGAAGUGACUCUGAGUUCAAAUGUGACCAGUAAAUCAAUGAAGAAGAAACGAAUCCGCUGACGUUGGCUUUCAUCGUUUAGUUCCAAAUUAAUUCAUUAAAUUAAUCAUUUAACCGUCAGCUGAUCUGAUCUGGACCUAAAUUGUUUCUGGACCAGAACUCAGAGGUGUUCUGUUUCUUUCUGUUCUCCUUCACUUCCGGUUUUAUUUCUGGUUUCUGUGUUUUAGUUCCAGGCCCCGCCCAUUUCCUCCCCGACGGAUUCUGAUAGGUGGAAGUUCUUAUUUGGCGCCAUGUUCUGAUUGGUUGUGUUGUAACUUUGAUAUUUUUUUAAAAGGUUCAGUGCAGACUUGCCUGAGGACUAUGGCCUGUAGCCGGUCGGCCAUGUUUGUAGUCCUGGUUGUCGUGGAGGCGGUGGGGUGGUGUUGGUGGAGCUCCAGGGGAAACUGCACUACUUAUUUAUGAAUCUGGAACAAUGUUGUAAUAUAUAAAUAUAAAUGUAUUUAAAUGUCAUCACGGAAAAAAAACACACAAAAAAACCCUAACCGAGAGGCUGGGACGCUUGUUACCGUAGCAGCAGCACUGUCCCUUCAUCCUUCAUCCUUUCACCGCCACCAUCAUCAUCAUCGUCAUCAUCAUCAUCAUCAUCAUCAGGCACGAAGACGUCCAGAUUUUCAAAGUUAAAGCCUCGAAAUUAGUUUAUUAAAACACGUUAAAGUCUGACUGAAAAACCACGAAGAAGAAGAGUCGUUAGAUUUGAGUUUAACCCCCCCCCCCCCCCCCCAUGUUGGUGGCAGGUGUCCUCGUUCCCUCCUCAGCAGAGUUAAGCGUGUCCUGGUCCUGGUUCUGGUUCUGGUUCCAGUGAAGCUUCAGCUGCAGGUAGAAGCUCUGUCGUCGUUGUAUCGUGUUUGCAGAUAGAAAAUAAACCAGUGACAUGUUUGUCUCAUUUUGUAAUAAACAUUUGAAAGACUUGA